AUGCAAAUAGAAAAAGAAAACGAAGAGAAUGCAAUGGACUCAUUCAUGUGUCCAAGUUUCAGUACUUAUACUUCUAAUAACUUAAACGACGUCGCUCAACAAGUUACCUCCGAAAACGACAACUCAACCUCUCAAAACGACGAUUUCGAAUUCGUUGCGUUUCAAAAAACUUCAGAUGAGAUUUUCUUCGAUCACCGCCACCGCAAUACAACUCACAGAGUUCUCCCUAUCUUCAACUGCGACGGCAAUAAGAUUAAUUCUGAUGUGGCGGAAAUUUCGACUUCGCUUCGGAAGUUAAUGGUCGGAGAUGAGAAGCGGAAUAUUGAUCCUCCGGCAUCGUCUUCAUCUGAGGUAGAAGACGAUCUUGAUGCGGAACCGCCGGCAUCGUAUUGCUUGUGGACACCGAAGUCUCCAAUGGCUUCUCCGAUCAAAUGCAAAAAAAGCAAUUCGACUGGUUCGUCUUCUAAUUCUUCUUCAAAACGAUGGAAGUUUCUGAGUUUACUCCGACGAAGUAAAAGCGACGUUAAAGAGUCGUUGAUUGUCGUAGCUCCAACGAUAAAGUUUAAUAAGGAAGAGAAAGUGAAAAGCGGUGAGAAAAAUCCUCCAAUAGUUGCUGAAAAAAAGAUUCCGGUAACGGAGAGGAAUAUUCCGGCACCAGUGACGGCAAUGGAAGCGUUUUAUUUAAGAAAAAAAGAGAGUAAGAGAAAGGCAUAUUUACCGUAUAAGCAAGGGCUAAUUGGUUUUGGUGUUGGUUUUCAAUCUACUAUUGGAAGUGGAUUUCCUCUUCAUGUUUGA